AUGUCCCAACUUAUACCUGUAGAGCUGUGUUAUGAAAACACCAAUGGGUCCUGCAUUAAAACCUCCUACUCCCCUGGACCCCGAGUCAUCCUCUACCUGACUUUUGGCUCAGGGGCUCUUCUGGCUGUCUUGGGAAAUCUUCUAGUCAUGAUUGCAAUCCUUCACUUCAAGCAGCUGCACUCUCCAGCCAAUUUUCUCACAGCCUCCUUGGCUUGUGCUGACUUUUUGAUGGGAGUCAUUGUGAUGCCCUUCAGCAUGGUGAGGUCGAUAGAGAGUUGCUGGUACUUUGGGGAAAAUUACUGUAAACUUCACUCUUGUUUUGAUGUAUCUUUUUGUUUUUCUUCCAUUUUUCACUUGUGCUUCAUCUCCAUAGAUAGAUACAUUGCUGUCACUGACCCACUGGGCUAUCCAACUAAAUUCACUCGGAUGGUUUCAGGAAUAUGCAUCCUGUCCUCCUGGUUUUUUGCUGUUACAUUUAGUUUUUCAGUUCUUUACAUGGGUGUCAGUGCUGAUGGGCUGGAAGAAUUAGUAAGUGCCCUCACCUGUGUGGGAGGUUGUCAGGUUGCUGUGAAUCAAAACUGGGUACUGAUAAAUUUUCUUUUGUUCUUCAUUCCCACUCUGGUUAUGAUCAUUCUUUACUGUAAGAUUUUUCUAGUAGCUAAACAGCAGGCUAGAAAGAUCGAAAGUAUGAACAACAAAACUCAGUCUUCUUCAGAGAGUUACAAAGCCAGAGUGUCCAAGAGGGAGAGAAAAGCAGCCAAAACCCUGGGCAUUGCAGUGAUUGCAUUUCUGAUUUCAUGGUUGCCAUACUUUAUUGACUCAAUAAUUGAUGCAUUUGUAGGGUUCAUCACCCCAACAUAUAUUUAUGAAAUUUUAACUUGGUUUGCCUAUUAUAAUUCAGCUAUGAACCCUCUGAUUUAUGCUUUCUUUUAUCCUUGGUUUCGAAGAGCAAUUAAAUUAAUUGUUUCUGGGAAAGUCUUCAGAGGUCACUCUUCAACAAUAGAUUUAUUUUCUGAAAAAAUUAAGAUUUUAGAUUGA